CAGUCGUACUUCCUGAAAGUUAUAAUUAGAUACAAAAAUAUUGUUUACUUCUUCUCUUCGAUCAGUGAUCACUGAUCAGUCAAGAAUUAAGAAUUGAAGACGUAGGACACAAUACUGAGAACAGCUAUGGCAGAGGCACAUGCGUUUCAACCUGGCACUGGGGUAGCACCAGCAACACUUGUGGAAUUAUCUAUUUCGUGCCGGAAACUUAUUGAUGCAGAUGUGUUUUCCAAGUCAGACCCAAUUGCGGUUAUGUUCAUUCAAGACAAAUCAUCUAGAGGUUGGAGAGAGUUUGGGCGAACUGAGAUCAUAUGGAAUAACCUGAACCCUGACUUUGUGAAGAAGUUUGUCAUGCAGUACUAUUUUGAGCAAUCACAAAAGCUCAAGUUUGAAGUGUAUGAUGUGGAUUCAGCCAGUUCUGACCUUUCGAAACAUGACUUUCUUGGCAGAAUGGAAUGCACCCUUGGAGAAGUAGUUUCUUCAAACAGAUUGAAUAAAAGAUUGACAGGCCCGAAGAAAGACAGUGGUAGUAUUAUAAUUGGAGCUGAGGAACUUAGUAGCUGCAAGGAACAAGCUCUGAUUCAGUUCAGAGCGCACAAACUGGACAAGAAAGAUUUCUUUGGGAAAUCUGAUCCGUUCCUCACCUUUUCCCGCUCUAAUGAAGAUGGCAGUUUCACAGUCGUGCACAGAACAGAGGUCAUUAAGCGGACAUUGAACCCAACUUGGCGGCCAUUUGCCUUGUCUGUCAGAGCUCUGUGCAACGGUGACUAUGACAGGUCCAUCAAAGUGGAGUGUCAUGACUGGGAUGCAGAUGGAGGCCAUGAUUUUAUUGGCGUAUUCACCACCACUUUGAGAGAACUGUCCAGAGGACCCGGUGCUAGCACAAAGUAUGAGUGCAUAAAUCCCAAGAAGCAACAGAAAAAAGGCAAGAGUUAUCAGAAUUCUGGAACGGUGGAGCUUAUGUCUUGCAGAAUUGAGAAAGUGUAUACAUUCUUGGACUAUGUAAGAGGAGGAACCAGGAUCCAUUGUACUUUUGCAGUAGAUUUCACAGCCUCUAAUGGAGAUCCAAAAUCUCCAGCUUCCCUGCAUUACAUGAAUCCAUACAGACCAAACCCAUAUGCCACAGCAAUCAAGUCUGUUGGUGAUAUUAUUCAAGACUAUGACACGGCAAAGAUGUUUCCUGCCCUGGGAUUCGGAGCAAGACUUCCGCCUGAUGGUGUUGUGUCUCAUGAGUUUGCUUUGAAUGGAAAUCCCCAAAGCCCUUACUGCUCAGGUGUGCAAGGUGUGCUUGAUGCUUACCACAAGACUUUGCAUUCUGUGCAGUUGUAUGGACCAACAAACUUUGCACCUGUUGUCAACCAUGUGGCCAAAUUUGCUUCAGCUACAAGAGAUGGCAACGACUACUUUAUUCUGCUGAUAGUCACAGAUGGAAUCAUCACGGACAUGCCGCAGACCACAGAGGCUAUCGUCAAUGCAGCAAGCUUGCCAAUGUCCAUCAUCAUUAUUGGUGUUGGUGAUGCUGACUUUGAUGCAAUGGAAGUCUUGGAUGGAGAUGAAGUGAGACUGUCUUCAAGGGGCAGGGUAGCAGAGAGAGACAUUGUGCAGUUCGUCCCGAUGAGAGAAUUCUUAGGUCGCAACGGAGAAGAUGUGGUGUCUGUACAGGCCCGGCUUGCCAAAGAAGUCCUGGAAGAGAUCCCCGACCAGUUCUUGUCCUACAUGCAGAAGCACAAUAUCAAGCCAAAACCCCCACUGUUGCAGCGUCAGGACACAAUCUCCUCAAUAAGGUCCCUACCCAUGUCGGAGCAGUGAGGUUUGCCUUCAUCAUCGCUACCUGCUGGAGCACAGAGGUUAUCUGCUGGAGGUUCUUCAACUUACAGUAUGAUAAACUGUUACAUUUCUGGUGAACUACCUCUUGUUGGGGUCAUAACGUGCGUGGAAGUGCUGUAAGUGAUAGAUGAGAGCUGUGGAGAAAGGGAAGGGUGUGGAUUCAUUAUCAAUUAUCAUAAAUUGUACUAUCUCUGGUUUCAUGAAUUGGGAGCGAAAGACCCCGUAAAAUGGAGUGAGAGAGCUUAAACACAACCUUAAUAAACAUCUUGGUAACUAAACCCAUUUUCAUGAUUUUAAAAAGUGGGAAAAUGUCAUAACUGACAGAGAGAUUGUUUUAGACAAAGAAAGUUCCUGUACUAUAUAAAGUCAUCUUUACCAGUGUGCUGAGGGGAGGUCUUAUUUUUCUCCAAUCUGUUGUGAAUGGCUCAUUUGUAACUCCCGACAAAGCUCCGCAGUCUGUGAAAUUUGAAGCCUUUAUUACUUCUUUGAGAACAGGUCUCAAACCAGAUAUCAUUCUCUGGUCAGAAACUGAUGCUAAGAUCUUCUUAAUCGAGCUGACUGUUUCAUACGAAAGUAGGAUAGAUGCAUAGCACCUAUUUAAGUUGACAAAAUACGAAGAUCUCUCUUCUCAACUCCAAGGAGAGGGCUAUAGCUCCAAGGUCAAUCCAGUAGAAGUGGGUGCACAAGGGUUUGUUGCAGCCUCAACAUUCACACUGCUGGGCAGCUAGGCCUCUAAGGAAGGAAGAGAAAGGCAGCCAUCAAGAACAUUUCAGAAAUGGCAGAAAAGUGUUGGAGCUGGCUGUGGACGAGACGUAAUGAAACUUCCAUUUAGAUGUACAGUUUUUUAAUCCUUAAAGUGUCAGUCCUUGACAAAACACGAUACACAUACAAAAAACUAGAUAAUCCGGCAUUAAAUUGUGUUCCCCACGUGAUUUUGACUAAUUUUGGGUCGCUGAUCACGAAAAUCUUAUUAUUGUUUUGAUUUGACCAAUGUUUGGGAAGUUUUUGGACCACAUUUUCAACUAUUUUUGUGGGAAAAGUAUGAAAUUUGGGCGAGUCCCAGUCUUCCAAGGCUGUGAGAUGACUUUUCUUUUUCCAGAUUUACCAGUUGCUUGUAUGAAUAGAAAGAGAGAAAAAGUCUUUGCUAAGAAUUGUUGGAAUGUUAUUUUAUUAUGUCAUCUAUUAUUGCUUGACUUGUAGUUAGUUCUGUGUGCGAUUUUUAUUCAACUUUCCAGCAUUGUCUGUGAACCUGAUAAGUAUAUUGUGUCGUCAGUGCUGGCAGGUUGACUCUUUGUUUAUAUUACUGAAACCUGUGAUGUUUAUCCCUUUUUCCCCCCCAAGGCUUGGUACAGUGUGAGUACGAGUUGGGGAUUGUGGGCAGUACCAUUGUUUAGUGGUAACACAGAUGACUGAUGUUUUCUUUAUGUUGUUUUGGUUUCUGUGUACCCGUACAGUAUUGUUGCACAACACUGCUCUGGGAAGUGCACCUUAUGGCCAGCAUUCUAGACUCGGACUCAGAUUUAUUUUUCUUUGAAUGUUUUGUUUGGUCUGUGAUCUGUCCUGGAUUGUGAAGGAGACCACUGUUGAUUUCCAUCAAUUAUUCAAAUUCUGUUGUGAAAGUCUGUAACUUGACCUCUGUACCAUGAUCUUCAUCUGUAGUCUUCCAAGUACUGCUUAGUCCCCCCCACCCCCUCACCCCUUUCAAUGUGGGUUAUUGCUCCAGUUGUCCAUAACUCUGCUGAUACCGAUAUAUUAUUGAUCUUUUGCUGCUGUGGAAAGCGAGGGCUCUAAUUUCUGUAUUUUCUUUUGAUGAAAUAUUAUUACUUAGUUCUUUGAUUUUUGUGAUACUCUUUGUCAAAUAUUUUUAUUUUUGCUUCUUUUUGAGGCUGAGUUCAACUUGGCAGUGUGUGUUUGUACGACACUGUAUUUGUUAGAUUUUUGGCAGCCAAUUUAAGAUUGUGUUUUAAAAUCAAACUAUUUCAAAUACGUGCUACAGAGGUUUAAUUUUGGUACCUGUCCAAACAUAAAGCCAGGUGUACACAGAAAGUGGGUCUUAAGUCGUAGUGCAGCUCUUGUCUUUUCUCCGACUCAUUAGACUGUUUGGUGGUAGCCUGUUGGUGAAAGUCCUCUAAAAUAUUGCUUUCUGUCUUAACCCUAUUACUGGCAAGUACAGAUGAGAUCGACAUUUAACUUACAACCGCCGCCAGUCGUGACUCUGCAAGUCGGUGAAAAUGGCUUCAUCGGGUCGGCAGUUUCCAAGAUUUCCGGCACAUUUUAGGGGAGAAAUGUCAAAAUCGUAAUUUUUUUUUUCAGUGUAUGUUAUAGCUUUUUUUCAAAGAACUUUCCAAAUAUAGAGUUUUCUGUGUCUUUUUAUCUAUCAUAAGUACUUAUUUCUUACAUUUAAAGGUGCAUCCUUGUUCCUUAGACUCUCCCCUGAUAAGUGCAAGUUGACCGUUGACAGCACAUGUAAUAGGGUUACUACAAUGAUUUAUAUCCUCCUGCUAAUUUUAAGCUUUUGUGUGUUUUAAAAAUAUGUUGAAAACUUAUGACCAGAAUUUCCACAAUAUCACAUAUUGAUAAAUAUUAGGAGUGAUGAUUUGAUAUCUCACUCAUGAUCAGCUCAAUCUUGUUUAUAGUUUACAGUGGUUUUUUUCAUCAGUGACCAAUUGUCAUUGAUUUGUAAAAGGCAUAAUGGUUGGGGGGGGGGGGGGGGUUCUUUUGCCAUUGUCAGAAGUCACUGUAUCUUGUCAAACAAAUGCCAUGUAUGAAAGUGAAAGCUUUUAUUGUUACUUAACACCGGAUAGAAUGAAACAAAAUUUUUGUAAGCAUGACACCUACUUAACCUACCAUAAGUUUUUACGCUUUUACUACCUGAAAUCUGCUGCUUUUUAGUUUUGAGUUCUUGUGUUACAAGAAACGUCAUCUUCCUAUUUAGGAACAUGUUUCCAUUUAGUGUGAUUUAGGGUAAUAUUAAUGGUGUACAUUCCUCCUUUGCUGUGUUGCAGUUUGUUCUCUCCUUUUCAUAAAAAGUAAAUGCUGCUGUUCUUGCCACCCUAUUCUCCUCUAGUAUUCCUCACCCAUUGGUGUCUGUGGUGUAGCAGUUAGUCACUUUGCUGUUGUAUGCAGGUGACCUGAGUUAGAUUCCCAAGUGGGGAGAACAUUUUUAUCUAGUAUCUCAGUCUUUCUGCUGGGAUGUGGUAUCCCUCUCAGUCCAGGUUGGCUGAGAUCUAAAUUGUGUCGAUGGGGGAUUAAACAACACCUACAUUAAAUAGAGUAAAAAAUAUUCCCCCCACUUAUGUAAACUCAGCUGCAGCAUGUACUUUGUAAUAGAAGAGCAAAGAAUAUAAGCCUAUAUUAUGUAUAAAAGAUCUGUGAAUUUAUGUUCUUGUUCAAACUUCAGUCUGUUGCCCAAAUAAUUAUUGGUAAAAAGAAGGUUCUGAAAGAAAAGACUAAGAGAACAGUUUUUGUUAUGACUGUGAGAAUGAGAACUAUGUUAUUAAUUAAACAGUUAAACUGAAUCUGUUAAUCUAAGUAUCAUGUACAUCGUGUUUCUUUGACUAGAACAGAAUUAUUGAAGAUUUGAAAACACAACAAUUAGGAGUUCAAGUUCAAUACAGUCAAACCUUGUUGGCAUUGCCAGAUAGCUGCUCAAUGAUCUAAAGGAUUGUGAGGAGUCGUGCUCAAGUCUUUGUGAAAGGUCUGAGGCGGCCUGAAGAUGAUGAGUAUAGGGUUUUUUAAAAACAAAAAAGAACUGUACGUCUUCAGUGUCCUUGACACAAAUUAUAAGCUUAGCUUAAGAUCCGGCAGAAAUUUCCAAUUUGAAUUUAUGUAAAGUUCUGUUGGAGCUGCAAAGGUAUUGAUUGCUACUUGUUUUGUUCCCAUGUGCAUUGCAAUCGCGCUAGCAAAUAUGAGACAAGACUGACCACAGUUUGUCUCUAGUCUCUUCCAGUCUACCAUGAGUCGAGAUGGCAAUCGAUGCCAUCCCAUUAUACCGCCAGCCCGGCUGGUCUGCCAACUUCAUACUCAUCCAUAGGUAGGUGGUAUAUCAGGGUUUGACUGUAUGUGAAAUAUUAAUUCGAAUUUAAAGAAAGUAAUUUCAGUUUGAAACUGUCAUUAAAGUCAUUAAAGGGUACAAAAUUUACUCCUUAUUUUCAGGUCACCACUAUUUGAAUUUUUCAUUUUAGACACAAAGUUUUCUUGUUUUUUGUCAUAGCUUUCUCCUGAUGAAGUGUCACACGCAUCUUUUGCGAAUGAGCCUUUCUUGUUGAAUAUAACAUAUUUUUAAGAGAUCUGAUCAAGUGUCUUCAUGGUUACAAGCUGUGUUCCUUUGUUUUUGCAGAAUUUUAUGAAUGUUUUCAGUGUACAUUUAUUCCAAGUUAAACUAAUUAUUUGUGAUAUUAUUACCAGGUGCAUUGCUUGUUAUCCUUUUCAUUACUUUUUUAAUGGUUGUGUACUCAUGAGAAAAUAUUUUUUUUUAAUUGCAGGAAGUUCAUCUUGCUUGGAAAUUUGUGAACAGAUGGUUGGAGGGUGCCACUGGUGGUAGUUCCUACUUCUUUUCUCUCCUCCCUCUGUUGUUUCUGUCCAUCUUACUCUUUCUCUGCACCAAGUGACUGUUAUGGUGCCGAUAUGCUUUUUGUUAUUCAAAGAAAAACAAGCAAAACAUGUGGGAAAUUUGUGAGCCUGUGGUUGGCACUUUGUGUUCUCAAUUUUCCAGUUGAUCCAGCUCAUUCCAAAAAAACCCACAAAAA